AUGACCGAAGAAGACACUUGUUCAUGGAACAUAGUGUACCCGUGUUACAUUGACAAGUCCAAGAGCUGUUCCGGUGGUAGGAAAGUAGCUGCUCAAUACACAGUUGAUAAUCCCACGGUUGAUGAAAUAAAAUUAGUUUGUGACAGACUUGAACUUAAGUGCUUAAUUGAACGGGAAAAAUCGCAUCCGAAAGACUGGCCACCAAAGGGACGAGUUCGAGUCUAUUUACCUUCCAACACAAACACGUCCAAUAGUCAAGUGAUCACUAAAUUACAAUUACUAAGGAAAGUCGGCUCUAUGAUCCCUAUGCUAAAGUCCAGGCAAGAGCUCCCCUCCACCUCAAAGACAAAGCCCUUGAUAGCCGGCGUUGGAGAACCAACCCUGUCAAAAUCUCACAAAGGGAAAAAGGGUAAAAAGUGA